AGCGUGAACGAAGCAAACUGUCGCUCUGAAGCAAUGAACGCUGCGAAGAACGUUGGCGACCGGACGGUCGGGCCUUGGUUGCUAUGGGAAUGGCGGGAAGCUGUGAUGCUUCUCUCUGCUGCCUGCUUCUUGGGGCGACCGGGGUAGGAAAGACGUUGCUGGUGAAGCGGCUGCAGAAUAUCCUCGAGUCCCGACGGGGAAGGGGGAAGCGGGGCUCGUGGGUCAAAGGCGGACGAAGUAGAGGAGUGCCUAGCGAGGAAGGGAAAAGGAGCGAGGAGACGCUUUUGCCCAAGGAGGUGCUGAGCUCCAAAGAUGGUGCCAAGGACCUUGGAGACCCACCAGCUACUUUGCCAACGGUAGGCACGAAUCUUACGGAUCUCCCAAUAGGAAAGAAGAUCACAAUUCGAGAGCUAGGAGGAUGCAUGGGUCCUAUCUGGUCCAGUUACUAUAGCGACUGCCAUGCUGUCUUGUAUAUGAUUGAUGCUGCCAACCCUACCCAGAUUUCCGCAUCCUGUGUCCAGCUUCUGUCCGUCCUUUCUGCUGAACAGCUAACAUCAGUUCCUGUCCUCCUCAUUUUCAACAAAAUAGACUUACCAUGCUACAUGUCCCUGGUGGAGAUGAAGUCAUUAUUCCGAAUCCAAGAUAUCAUUGCUUGUGCCAAACAGGUUAUCACGGUGGUUGAGAUCAGUGCACGAGAUGGCAGGGGCUUAUCUGAUGUAAUGAAGUGGUUUCAAUCCACCCUGCAUGAUUGAAGCUGGAAUUUGGAAACGUCAGCUGAAGUGUUUCCUGCAGGCAGCGGAUCAACUUUGCUAUUACAAUCUUUGAUGUAGAAAAAUGUCAUUUAAAUUAUUCAGUGGAUUGCCUCUUAACUGGCAAAUUGGAUUGUUGCUACUGCAUGCAGAUGCAUUGAAAGGGAAUGCAGCUUCUAAUGGUAAGCCCAGUAAUGAUAUACAAAGUAUUGUAUCAUUUCCUCUAGAUGAACAUUUGUAGAGUUGAAAUAAUGACUGGUAAAAUAUGCUGUAACAGAGGUACCAAUCAGGUUUGUAGGCAGCAUGAAAUUUAAUUUCACUCAUGUUUCUGUGUUUUGUAUGAAGUCAGAUUUGAUGGAAGUACAAAGCAAACAAAAUCCUGUUCUAUAACACACUAGAAAUCCAGAUUGCUCAAGUCUGAGUACCUUUUUGUGUGCAUAGUCUCUUGUGUUUUAGUUGUCAGUAGUUUUCUACAAUGAUCUAACCAAAAAUUCAAACCUAAGAAGUAUUAACUUGAUGGGGUUUGGCAGAUAGCUUUUGCCAAUGAUGCAAUCUCUGCUGUUCCUCAGCUAGAAAUCCCAUCUAGACCAGUGUGCAGGGGCAACAUUGACCUACUGUAUUAAAUGCCAUAUACAAUGUUUGCUGUAUUGUAUACUAUUGGUUUUCUGUGAGAUACAUUAGAAAUGUGUUUAUUCUGUUGUGUUUCCUUGACUUUGAUUUCUUCUCACAAGAAUGUCACAUUCUGGGAUUUCAGGUUUUUGGUGAGCUCAUACCAUCAUGUGAGCCAGAUUAGCUGAGUCAUGAAUCACCAGCAAAAACAUCAGUAGAUUAUAGUUGAAUUAUAAAAUGGAUAUGCAAUGUAGCAGUUCUACAGUUCUGCACAACUAAUUACUUCUCUCAACCAAUUAAGUUUAAGAUGUAACGAGAUGAGAGCCUUGUCAAUAUUGGAUGUUUAUCUGUUUAAACCUCAGCUCUUCUAUCACUCUUUUCACUUAAACUUUUAUCUUCUCAGCUUUCCAUGUUAUUGUCUUGUGAUAUCAGUGGCCUCUAUCAGAGCCACUAACCAGUUAUUUGAAUGCAUUUAUUUACUUAUUCGAAUUCAGUAACUCUCAAGUCUUUGAAUGGUUUAUAAGAAACCAAACAUAUACUAGGGUUAAAAGUAUAAUAAAGAUUACUUACAGAAUGAAUGCUGGCAUUCAGUUCGGUUGCACCUACUGCUGGACAAUCACAAAGGUGGUUUUACUAGAGGUAAACACAGAUGACAUUCUCGUCCUGUCUCACAAAAUGGGCAGAUUCAACCCAUAGAACUGACUCUCCUAUCUCAUCAUGCUAUAUCCCUCUGUGUUCACCCUCCAUAAACACCCAGUUUAAUGGGAGCUUUAAUUGCACUGAAUUCCCAAUACCAAAAGCCAGUCAAUUAUGAACUCAAUGUAUCUGAAUGCUAUGAACUAACCUAUUUUAUGCUGCCAUAUUUUCUUACUGGGUUUUUUAUGACAGUGCUCUAAAUUAGACAAUUAAAUAUUUAUCUGAAAUAAAUAUUUCAUAGAAUAAAAACUACUGUGUCAAUGAUU